CCGGGCUAUUCGCACGAAAACUGGCCCAGUCUUAGCAAGGUGCAUCGAAGAGUACUACCUGCGCUAUCCGUUUGUCAUAGAGUUUGUGAUGGACCGGGGGUCGGAGUUCACCUGUAACGAGGUGCGGACCUUACUUGCAGGGUAUGGCGUUGUAGCAAACUAUACUACUGCCGCGCACCCCCAGGCAAACGCACCUGUGGAGAGGGGGCACAACACCAUCACAAAUCUUCUGGACAAGUUGACUGAGGGAAGGCCUAACCAGUGGCCGAAGUUCCUGAGAGCAGCUUUCUUCGUGGAAAAUGUUACAGUAAAAAGGACUACCAAGUCUGACUUUUCGAAGGCAGUCAUGCAGAGGGGUGGGAGGGACGCACGGCCAUGGCAGGGGCCCCAGAGGGCAGCGGGGAGAGGCGAGCAGCACGAGCCGCCUAGGAGGGAGCCUACGCCUGAGUUUGACAACGAUAAUAUAGAGUUCUUCCUGGACGUGUAUCGGGAUCAUGCGGCACAGAGAGGGUGGUCAGUGGCGGAGAGGAUUCACCACUUGAGGGGUAUAGGGCAGUUUGAGGAGACUGUCGCUCAGAUAUGUGAGGAGGCCCUAACUUGGACGCAUGUGGAGGCCGGGAUGCAGAGGUUGAGAGCUUCCCCUAGAGGACGUGAUGGCAUGCCCAUUCGGGUGGAGGAGGGGAACGUGGAGGAGUUUAUUCCCGCAUAUGAGCAUUAUAUGCUGAUCCAGGGAAUUGCGCGAGAGGAGUGGGUACAGGCCCUACUUAUUUGGCAGAGAGGGGCAGAGAGGCCGGUCGCCAAACAGAUUCGGGAGAGGGCUCGAGACUGGGAGGACUGUCAGGCCCAACUCAGGAGGGUGUUCGGACGGCCAGAGAGUGAGAGGUACGAGCCCAGGGUCGAGAGGCAAUGGCGAAGUAAGAGGCCAAGGGAGCCGGCACCAAGAGAGGUGGGGCUGGCUAGAGAGAGGAGGAGGGCCCCAGCACAGCGGGAGGAUGUGACCGCAGGGCCCGUGUCGGCAGAAGAGUCGUUCCCUGCUUGUGGCCUCCGGGCAGUUGAGUUUUGGUGGAUUACGAGCGAGGAGCUGAGACUGCCCUCACCAUUGCCAUCAGGGCAGGAGCUGGACAUACUAGGAGAGACGCCAUUCCGGAGCUUAGCGACUCAUCUUGAUGUAUUUCGAUGGGAGGCCUCACGAUUGGGGGAGGGUUCAGUUAAGCCGACGUGCUAUGUGCCGUUGGAGGAGCCUUUGGACCCUGAGACGGAGAUGGACAGGCAAGGCCGAGAGGAGCCGCAGGAUCCAUAGAUGGCAGCCGAGCAGCCGGAUCCGGUACAGCCUCAGGAUGAGGAGGUGAUCACAGUCGGAGACGAUACCCCUCCAUGCU